GACCUCACGCCGGCUGCAAGCAGAGAAUGCUUUCCCCUGCCAGGACCUGAUGCAAUCCAUUCAAGCCAACAAGUUUGGAGAGAAUGUUGAGUUCAAUCAAUUCAGAACGUCGAGAUGGAGCCCAACUCACUCCAGUGGGUCGGCUCACCGUGUGGGUUGCACGGACCUUAUAUUUUCUAUAAGGCUUUUCAAUUCCACCUUGAAGGCAAACCAAGAAUCUUGUCCCUUGGCGACUUUUUCUUUGUAAGAUGUACGCCGAAGGAUCCGAUUUGCAUAGCGGAGCUCCAGCUGUUGUGGGAAGAAAGGACCAGCCGGCAACUUUUAUCCAGCUCGAAACUUUAUUUCCUCCCAGAAGACACUCCCCAGGGCAGAAAUAGCGACCAUGGCGAGGAUGAGGUCAUCGCCGUCUCCGAAAAGGUGAUUGUAAAAUUAGAAGACCUGGUCAAAUGGGCGCAUUCUGAUUUCUCCAAGUGGAGGUGUGGACUCCGAGCCACACCGGUAAAAACAGAGGCGUUUGGAAGAAAUGGACAGAAGGAGGCUCUGCUCAGGUACAGGCAGUCAACCCUCAACAGUGGACUCAACUUCAAAGACGUUCUUAAGGAGAAGGCUGAUCUUGGGGAAGAUGAGGAAGAAAGCAAUGUGAUCGUGCUCAGCUACCCUCAGUACUGCCGGUACCGGUCCAUGCUGAAGCGGAUCCAGGAUAAGCCAUCAUCCAUCCUCACCGACCAGUUUGCAUUAGCCCUGGGGGGCAUCGCAAUGGUCAGCAGAAACCCCCAGAUCCUGUACUGCCGGGAUACCUUUGAUCACCCUACUCUCAUAGAGAAUGAGAGCAUAUGUGAUGAGUUCGCGCCAAAUCUUAAAGGCAGACCGCGCAAAAAGAAAACAUGUCCCCAGAGAAGAGACUCCUUCAGUGGCUCGAAGGACUCCAACAAUAACUGUGAUGGUAAAGCCAUCAGCAAGGUGAAAGGCGAGGCCAGGUCAGCCUUGACCAAGCCAAAGAAUAACCACAGCAACUGUAAAAAGGCCUCCAAUGAAGAAAAGCCGAAGCUGUCCAUUGGCGAAGAAUGCAGGGCUGAUGAACAAGCCUUCUUAGUGGCGCUUUAUAAAUACAUGAAAGAAAGAAAAACACCCAUAGAACGAAUUCCCUACUUGGGUUUCAAACAGAUUAACCUUUGGACUAUGUUUCAAGCUGCUCAAAAACUGGGAGGAUAUGAAACAAUAACAGCCCGCCGCCAAUGGAAACAUAUUUAUGACGAGUUAGGUGGGAACCCGGGGAGCACCAGCGCGGCCACCUGCACUCGUAGACACUACGAAAGGUUAAUCCUACCAUAUGAAAGGUUUAUCAAGGGAGAAGAAGAUAAGCCUUUGCCGCCAAUCAAACCUCGGAAACAGGAGAACAAUUCACAGGAAAACGAGAACAGAACAAAAGUGUCGGGAACCAAGCGCAUCAAACAUGAACUGCCCAAAAACAAGAAAGAAAAAGAGAAUACACCAAAGCCCCAGGAUACAUCUGAGGUUUCAGUGGAGCAGGGGAAGGAAAAGGAGACGCUGAACCAGAAAAGUGUCACGGAGCCUCUCCCAGCUCCAGAGGUGAAGAAGAAGUCAGAAGGACACAAGGACAUUGCAGCGAGGGCCCCAGUGUCCAGACCCGAACCCGAAAAGGGCAAUGAAACUCACCAAGGUUCCAACAGUGAGGAGGCUGAGGAGGUGGGAGACAAGGGCCCUGCCCCUCUGCUCCCAAGCCCUCCCCUGCCUCCUGAAAGAGAGUCAGCUCCUACCCCUGGGGCUGGGAAACAGCCCCUUGCCUCGCCCAGUGCCCAAAUGGACUCAAAGCCGGAAGCCAAACCCUGCAGCUUUACCGAGAGCUCUGAAAGUGACCUCCAAGAAGCAUCCUUUACCAGCUUCCCUUCCACCCAGCCACCGCUGGCAAGCCAGCACGAGGCAGAGGAAGACAAGCUUCCUGCCAUGGCUAAUUACAUUGCCAACUGCACUGUGAAAGUGGACCAGCUGGGCAGUGACGACAUCCACACUGCCCUCAAGCAGACCCCGAAGGUCCUUGUGGUCCAAUCAUUUGAUAUGUUCAAAGACAAAGACUUGACCGGGCCCAUGAACGAGAACCACGGACUUAAUUACACGCCCCUGCUCUACUCCCGGGGCAAUCCUGGUAUCAUGUCCCCACUGGCCAAGAAGAAGCUUUUGUCUCAGGUGAGCGGGGCCAACCUCUCCAGCAGUUACCCCUACGGCUCCCCACCCCCUUUGAUCAGCAAAAAGAAACUGAUUGCCAGGGACGACCUGUGCUCGGGUUUGACCCAGGCCCACCACAGCCAAAGCUCGGACCACAUGGCCGUCAGCCGGCCAUCGGUAAUCCAACACGUCCAGAGCUUCAAAAGCAAGGCCUCCGAGGAGAGAAAGAGCAUCAAUGAUAUCUUCAAGCAUGACAAACUGAGUCGGGCCGAUGCUCACCGCUGCGGUCUCUCCAAGCACCAGCUGAGCACCCUGGCCGACUCCUAUGCCCUGAAACAAGAGGUCCAGGAGGGAAAGGACAAACUGUUAGAGAAAAGAGCGGUCUCCCACGGCCACGUGCCCAGUUUCCUGGCCGACUUCUACUCUUCCCCGCAUCUCCACAGCCUCUACCGGCACACGGAACACCAUCUUCAUAACGAACAGUCGCCCAAGUACGCCUCUAGGGACAUGUACCAGGAAUCUGAAAACGGCGCUUUUCUUUCUCACAAACACCCGGAGAAGAUCCACGUCAAUCAUCUCGCCUCUCUCCAUCAGCAAGAUAAGAAGUUGGCUGCGGCGGAAGCCGCUAGAGAUGACCAACCAACAGACCUGAGCCUUCCCAAGAACCCACAGAAACUAACCAGCAAAGUCCUAGGCCUGGCCCACUCAGCCUCGGGGUCCCAGGAGAUCAAAGGCGCCUCCCAGUACCAGGUCAUCAGCGGCCAGAAUCGAGACUGUCACCCCAAAGCCUGCCGGGUAUCACCCAUGACCAUGUCGACCCCUAAAAAAUACCCCGAGUCAAUUGCAAGGUCGGGAAAACCUCACCAUGUGAGACUGGAGAGCUUCAGAAAAAUGGAAGGCAUGGUCCAUCCCAUCCUGCACCGGAAGAUGAGUCCUCAGAAUAUUGGAGCUGCUCGCCCCAUAAAGCGCAGCCUGGAGGAUUUAGAUCUUGUGAUUGCCGGGAAAAAAGCCAGAGCUGUGUCUCCCUUGGACCCCUCCAAGGAGGCUUCUGGGAAAGAGAAGGCCUCUGAACAGGAGAGCGAGGGCAGCAAAGGAGCCUACGGUGGGCAUUCUGGGCCUGCGUCGGAAGGUCACAAGCUUCCGGUCUCCUCCCCUAUCUUUCCAGGUUUGUAUUCUGGUAGCCUGUGUAACUCAGGCCUCAACUCCAGGCUCCCGGCCGGGUACUCCCAUUCUCUGCAGUACUUGAAGAACCAGACGGUGCUUUCUCCUCUCAUGCAGCCUCUGGCUUUCCACUCGCUCGUGAUGCAAAGAGGAAUUUUCACAUCGCCGACCAAUUCUCAGCAGCUGUACAGACACUUGGCCGCAGCAACCCCCGUAGGAAGUUCCUACGGGGACCUGUUGCACAAUAGCAUCUACCCGUUAGCUGCUAUCAACCCUCAGGCUGCCUUUCCCCCGUCUCAGCUGUCAUCCGUACACCCCAGCACGAAACUGUAAGCCUCGCUGUGCCCAGCAACCCCCAAACUGCGGGGUCCGUGCACCCAACCCUGGAGGGCUGGCUUGCAGAGUUGGAAGUCAGUGUUCCUUCUGAUCCGGUGGUACCUUUCUUCCCAGCCAUAGAGGCCUAAAGGCCAGGUGAACAUGCCUAUCUUUUUGGGGACAACCCUAGCCUGGCUGGCCAGUUGUGACCUCCCUUCCAACACAGAUGGCCUAGGGCCUCCAGGUCAUUUCCUUUUCGAUGUUGGUCUUCUGAAGGUAUCUGUGUCUAUCCCAGAAGAACUCAGAGAACCCCUCUGAGUUUGGAUGGUAAGGAAGCAAUCUGGGGGGAAAAAAAAGUGGGGGCAGGCUUUUCGAAGCAUAGGGCAAGAAAGACUGGCAAUAGCCAGGGGAACACCCCUCUUUUUCAUACAACUCACCAAGUUCAAUCAAUGCAAUGUAUAGUUAAACUUAAAGAGACCUUUCAUUCUGACACUAUUAAACAAUCCAGAGAAGUAAACACUGUUAAACUGUAUAUAUUCGCUUCUUAAAGCUACCCGUCUCACUGUCCGCUCACCUAAUUUAUACAGAUAGUUCUGUUUUCUCCUGGUUCUUUCUUGUUCCUGCCCUGGGUAUUUUUUUGGUUUGUUUAUCUGUUUGUUUGUUUGUUUGUUUUUUAAUUAAACAGUAUCCCUU